CUGAGACUUGCAUCUUCAAGUAAUUUGCCCACUACCCGCACUGGGCGCAUUCUCAUCGCUGUCAUUCUCAAUACAAACAAAUUCUGUUGAUCCUUAUUUGUUUGCCCUCAUCCUCAACGCUCGAGGCAAACUCAUAUCUAACACGGCUGUGAACCGCCCGUUGAUCUUGUGCCUAUCCCUGAGACGUCAUUCAUCAUGUCCGAACGAUACAUCCCAGAACAUCGCCGCACCCAAUUCAAGGCAAAAGGUAGUUUCAAGCCUGACGAACUCCGACGACGACGUGAGGAACAACAGGUUGAAAUUCGUCGUCAGAAGAGAGAGGAAAACUUGGCCAAACGAAGAGGCGUCCAACGAGGAAAUGGAGAGAUCGGCAUUGGCGGGCUCGCUGAUCAAGACAGUGAUGAUGAGGCUGGCAACAUCGAGAGCGAGCUGAGCACAGAAUUGCCUGAGAUGGUACGGGGCGUCUUCUCCGAUCAGAUCGAUCUUCAAAUCCAAGCGACUACAAAAUUUCGAAAACUCCUGUCUAAAGAACGAAACCCUCCCAUCGAGAAGGUCAUUGAGACCGGGGUCGUCAGUCGAUUUGUCGAAUUCCUCCGCUCUCCUCAUACCCUUGUCCAAUUCGAAGCCGCGUGGGCCCUAACCAACAUUGCCUCUGGCUCUGCAGCCCAGACUCAGGUCGUGAUAGAAGCCGGGGCUGUGCCAAUCUUUGUUGAACUUUUGAGCAGCCCUGAACCAGACGUUCGCGAACAGGCUGUCUGGGCACUAGGAAACAUCGCUGGUGACAGCCCUGCGUGCCGUGACUAUGUUCUUAGCCAGGGUGCCCUUAAGCCUUUGCUCAACCUCAUCGCCGAUGGCCGCAAAUUGAGUAUGCUCAGAAAUGCCACUUGGACUCUGAGCAACUUCUGUCGUGGCAAGACACCCCAACCUGACUGGAAUACUAUUCAGCCCGCCCUUCCUGUGCUGUCCAAGCUUGUUUACAUGCUUGACGAUGAAGUCCUCAUUGAUGCCUGCUGGGCCAUCUCAUACCUUUCUGACGGCUCCAACGACAAGAUCCAGGCCGUUAUCGAAGCUGGAAUACCCCGAAGACUCGUCGAACUCCUCAUGCAUGCCUCGACCUCGGUCCAAACACCAGCUCUUCGGUCGGUUGGUAACAUUGUCACUGGUGACGAUGUACAGACACAAGUCAUAAUCAACUGCGGUGCUCUCCCUGCGCUUCUGUCACUAUUGAGUUCGCAAAAAGAUGGCAUUCGUAAAGAGGCUUGCUGGACGAUCUCGAACAUUACCGCGGGAAAUUCUACCCAGAUUCAGUCCGUCGUUGAUGCCGGUAUCAUUCCUCCUCUCAUCCAUCUGCUCUCUAAUGGAGACUUCAAGACUCGAAAGGAGGCUUGCUGGGCUAUCUCGAAUGCCACCUCGGGAGGUCUGCAAAAGCCGGAGCAAAUUAGAUACUUGGUUACGCAAGGUUGCAUCAAGCCUCUCUGUGACUUGCUUGCCUGUCCGGAUAAUAAGAUCAUCCAGGUGGCUCUGGACGGUUUGGAGAACAUCCUUAAGGUUGGAGAAAUGGACAUGGAAUCCGCCGACCAGAGAGCUCCCGAAGCACAAGUCAACCGGUAUGCACUAUUCAUCGAAGAGGCCGGCGGGAUGGAGAAGAUCCACGAUUGCCAGAACAACGCAAACGAGGAAAUCUACAUGAAGGCGUACAAUAUCAUAGAACGAUAUUUCUCAGACGAAGAGGAUGCCGGCGCUGAUAUUGAAGAAUUGGCUCCUCAGGCCAACGCCUCGGGUUUCACGCUCAGCUCGAACCAGCCUCAAGGACAGUUCAAUUUCGCCAAUGGCAAUGAAGCGAUGGACAUGUAAGCGGAGCCCAGGCACUGGACAUCUGAAGUUCUCAUGAUCAGGAUAAUCUCGAGAAAACCGUUUAUCCACACCGAGCUUUUUGUCCCCUUGUGACAACGACGUUCUCACCUCCGUCACUAUUUCAAAUCAGCUCUUCAAACCCUUUUAACCCGGAGCGGCGUCACGACCGGCUCGAACGUGACCACGAAGUCUACGUCAAUUUGACCCUCCGCUUGACGUUUUCCAACACACACCGACACCAGGCGCCCCCUUCUUGACAUUCGGUAUGAUUGCAAAAUUCAUUCACGGCCACAGAUGCACCAUCAUGUAUACCCCUUGAGACACUCGACCUAGCACCCAGCACCCUGACACAGCAUGCGAUAGAGCGCCAUUUCCCUGGCGUACGUUUCCCCCGGCUUUUUAUGGUCAAUAUGAAGGCGAAGGAGGGAAAGGAAAGAGGAGCCGAAGAGAAUGGAUAAUCUACAGGCAGAUUAGGUCCAAGACAAGAUUUUCCGCUUGACUCUUUUGCCGGCAACGAUACGAGAUGUAGUAGUCCGUAUCAAUUACGCCGAACUGCUUUCUAGUCCCAAUGCAAGCAAAUUGAAAAAUAAAAAAUAAAAGUCCCUCCGGACUCCUGUUAAAC